AUGAACUUCUCCACGAAAAAGCCCGCGUCCAAGGUGGGGUUUUCGCUCAAGAAGAAGUCCACGGCGCUGAAGCGGAACGAGAUAUUUGAGGACGAAGAAAAGAAGGACACAAAGAUAGAGAUCAGCAGUGUUGACGAUAUACAGCAUAAAAAGGAUGAGCCACUAGUUAUCAAGCCCGCUAUAAGACAAGAUGGCUGGGAAGCCCGACGGAGAGAGAGAACAGGGCAAGAAAACAAAGAGCUCCAUUAUGGCCUGAACAAAAUGGAAACCGAAAGACCGCCUACCCCGGGCUCGCGACUGCUAGCUCCCAAAUCGAUUGAGAGCCAAGACGGCGAGGCUCCUAAUUUGAAAAGUUACGAGAAGAUGCCCGUGGAAAAGUUUGGCGAGGCCAUGCUACGGGGAAUGGGCUGGAAGGGUUCUGGAACUCGAUCGAAAACGCUUGUCUCAAAGCCCAGACCACCAUACUUAGGGCUAGGGGCCAAGCCUUCGCCGGCUCAACAAGGUCGCGCAUAUAGGCAUGAUACCAACUAUGUACCCGUUGUCAAAAAAGACGACAUCGAUAAGUCACGAGAAAGGUCUCCAGCAAGAGAUCAGGAAUAUAGGGAAAGAGGAGACUAA